CUUCUGCCUUUGACACGCCCCCCUCCUCUCUUCGCGAACAUGUGAGUUUUAUCAUCGAUAUGUAUUCGUUAUCUCAUACCAGUGCACCAGUUACAGGUCCAAUAGGACCAUUGUCUGGCUUGCAAGUAGUACAAAGAUCGGAUAACUCAUAGUCGAGGGACAUAACGUCGUAAAACGAGGACAUACCACAACCAUACAAGUCCAGAUAGAUCCAUGUUAUUAACUGAAGCAAGGGAAGGAUGAUAUGUCGUGUUUGACAGUUGGACUGAUCUAACAGUGGGUGUCUCUGUCACACAAUGUCCCAGCUGGGAUGCCGUAUCAAACUGGAAGGGCAGGACGUCUACCCUGCCCGAGUAGAUGGAGUACCCGAUGUCUACCAGUCACCAAAGUUCAUUCUGACAAAAGCAAGGUGGGUUGAAGACAACCAGGUGUAUUGUGUCCUCUGUAACAACAAAUUCAACCAAAUACGCCGCAAACACCACUGUCGUCAGUGUGGAAGUGUCCUUUGUAAGAAAUGUUGCAAUGAAAGGAUUCCGCUGCCCCAGCUGGGUAUUGAGGAACCUGAACGAGUCUGUGACGCCUGCGCACCUGUCACGCAGCUCAUCACCAAGGCUAGGUCACAAAUGCAUCAAUUUCAGCUGGAAUCUGCAAAUGGUCUCACUGAAAGAUGCAAAGAUUAUACUUUCAUUAAAAGGGUGGUGGAGCUAGGCGGGAUCCAAACUCUCAUCGUCUUAGCACAGACAGAAAAUGUCCAGAUCCUGAGUUCUGUGAUGUCCGGCCUCCAGGCAUUGGCCACCCACCAACCCCUUCACCAGGAACUGGCCGCUGCUGGCGCCAUCAAGGUCAUAUGCAGCAUCCUGUCCCGACUCCCUGAGGCAGAUGAACAGAUCCUGACUGAUGGAAUCAGUUCCCUCAUGAUCUUCUGCAAGUCAACAGAACUCAAGAAAAAAAGCCCUGGACGAUGGCGCGCCCUCCAACCAGUGCUGACGAUGUGUACAUAUCAGUCUCCCACCCUGGCACUCCUGGCCCUCAGCACACUCAGCCUCAUUGUGGAGCACCCAGGUACCCAUGAUACAAUAGUAGAAUCCUCACGGAAUGCCUUGGCCCGGAUUCUGGCCUUGACGGCGUCAUCAGAUGAGCAGACCCAGGAGGUGGCCCUCAAAAUACUGGCACAUCUCUCCAAUGGCACUGAAUGGCACCGACAUCGAAUUGUUCAGGAAGAUUUUAGCUCGGGAUGCAGUCUACAGAAAGCCCUAAGCAGUCACCCAACCAAUGAGCAGAUUCUGUGUAAUGCUGUGUGUCUCAUAGCAAACCUAGCCACAAGCUCCGAGGACCAGAGCAGCCUGCAGAAUGUGAUGGUGCGUGUGUGCCAACUUCUACAGAACUCACCCAGCAACUCUGAUCUCAAGAUACAACUUAGUCGCGCCAUCGCCAACUUCUCCAAGUUUAAGCAGAACACUGACAAACUGGUGCCCUACGUAACUGAUAUUGUACAGACCUGUGUCAAGUCCACCAUUCCCAGCAUCCGAGUGCAUGGGAUGAGAGCCACACUGUCCCUGCUCUCAUACAGUCCCUGUCACACAACAGCGGAGCUCAUGAGAGACGGAGCUAUGGAUCUCUUGGAGGGACUGGGGAAGGUGCAGGGUCUUCUGGACGCUAUACAGACAACGCUGACGACCCAGGCUGCAGUACUGACAAGACCAUUAUAGCAGACCUCAAGACAAGGCAGAGAGGAUACGUUGUGGUGCUUCAUUUUCAGCCACCUGGACUUUUACCCACAUGUGAAUGAAUGUGCUUGUAUCAACAACAACAUAACUUUGAUGAUGAUUUUCAUCUAAAAUAGAAUAAUUUAUGGGGGUUUAUAAACAAUGGUACAAUGUAUAGUUACAUAUGAAACAUUACCCCUGUAUUGGUUUAUAUUUGAACCAGAUCUUCCUUGCCUUUCUCUGAGAUGCCUGAGAGGUACCAGUGUUGUAUUGUUUAGUUCACCACAGUAUCAAAGUCUAUCGUAUGUUCUAGAUUAAUGGAUUCAGUUUGCCAGAAAUUCCUUGUUACCUGAAUGCACUUUUGUAUUCCAAAACCAAAAGCAAUGCCAUUUUAAGAAACAGUUCUUAUGUGUAUGUAUGUGCAAAAACACUUCAAAGAAAACAAACAUCUUCAGCAUUGUGUCUCUUUGAGUCAAGGCAAUGCAAUAAUGAUGGAUUUUUGUUCACCUGGGUAGCCUAGUGCUCAUCACACCAAAGACACGAUUCAAUUCUCUAUAUUCUCCAUUUCUGGUAUCCCCACCAUGAUAUUGCUGGAAUAUUGCUGAAAGUGGCAUCAAACCAAACUCACUCUCUCUUGCUCCCCUAUAGACUAUGACAUCAGUACCUAUACACCAGAAAUGACACUAUUAAGUUAUAUGAAUAAAAUAUUAUUCAUACCACACCUGUAAUGCAUCUACUCUGUAUCUGAUGAUCAUAUCCGACCCUGCAUCAAGUCCUGAUAUAAUUGUGAACAGCUGAUGAAGCAGCAUGAAGCAAUAUCUGACUGCCUCCAGAUGCUGUUCGGAUGCUGACAUCAUACAGGAAAUGUUCUACUGUAGCAAACAUGAGGUUACCCAGUACUUUUGUGAGAGUCUUAUCAUUAAUGCAUCAAGAUAAUAUGAAACAUUCAAAUAAAAAAAUACAUUAAAUGCACUGACACAGGUGCGAGUUAUCAGUUAAGACUUUUAUCAUGAAACCAGUUCUGUUUCGUAAAUGUGGAUGUAAUAUCUAUAUCAUAAUAGCCUAGACUGAUUUAAAGGGUUGAUUCGAGAAGUAGGUUCAUUUGAUCUUACAGAUGUUCUUGCAUGGAGACUAUAUACCAGUAUUAUUUUCAGUUUUAUCUUGAAAACUCCAUAUCAUUUUAAAUAAAACAAUGAGCAUAACUAUACUUCUUUCCAGGAAUCAUGUAACAGGGUUGUUGGUUUUGCUUGCUAUGGGCAGGCAGUUUUGUUUUCAACAGUUUGAAACAUCAUUAUUCCUUUUUUAAGUAUUUUCAAAGACAUAUUUUCUUCAUUGGUCCCCAAUAAUGAAAUGCUUUAAGUACAAUAGUACACGGAGGGAUACAAUGUGAGAUUGUUCUCAUAUAUUGAUGUCACAUCAAUGAUCCCUCUUGUUAUGUGAUUUCUAAUAUGUUCAUUAUUUCCCAAGAUAUUUAGACUUCAGCUUUUGGUUUUAUAGCUUCUAUGUCUAAUGUAUACUUUGAUCAUGAGGAGAUUGUCAGUACACAUCAGUCCACCAUCAUGUGUUACUCUGUGUUACUCUGUGUUACUCUGUGUCGCAGUCUCAGUGUAGGUUUGUGUGUAAUUGUACAGCAGAGGUGCACAAAUACAAGAUUGUACAUAACAAAUUUAUUAUCCUUAAAUUUUAAUUGUGUCGAGACAUCAAAUAUCAAUGACUGUGAAGAAAUGUUGACUGACAGAAAUAUGUGCAAUAAAAUUACAUAUUUACAUCGCUGAA